GAAAACAUCUCUUAACCAACAAGCAUGAACAGAAGCAGCAUAAUUUUUGUAUCAACCAUGUGCAAAUCGACAUGGAGAAAUAAGUUGUGUAAAACAUCACUGUCUGGAACAAAAGACCCCACCUUGCCAGAACAAGACGUCCGACUUGAUAAAUGAUAAUCAUUCAACCCCAUUGGUCGUACCAAUAGCAUAUGCUUCAGAUGAUUCCCGGUUUUCUUCAUCGAAUAUCCAUAAUCCACUUCCAUUACUCUCUUCCCCUACGAUUCCUCCUUCUAAUUAAUAUUCUCUUUUGCUCCCAUAAUUAAAAAUCCCCAAUCUUUCUACUUGCUUACAAGUCACCACCAAUCAUAAUGCCAAGAUCUUCUUUCGAUAUAAACCCCUAUUUCUUCCUCUCUGCAUCUGCAUCUACAUCCGCCUCUGCUUCAUUUGCUUGCUAUUAGUUCAAGAUUUUCUUGAUUUUGUGCUUUCAUAACGCUACCCUUCCAAGAUUCCAUCUUCUUGGUUUCUUGCAGCAGCAACAGAAUGACAAUCGAGGAGCGGAAAGAAGAUGAAGAGGAGGGUCCUCCUUCUCAGGUUGAAUAUGAGAUUGUCACUAAGCCUAGGCGUAUUGCUCUCUUCGUUGAACCAUCUCCUUUUGCGUACGUGUCUGGAUACAAGAAUCGGUUUCAAAACUUCAUUAAAUAUUUACGCGAGAUGGGGGACGAGGUGAUGGUUGUAACGACUCAUGAAGGGGUGCCUGAAGAAUUUCAUGGAGCAAAAUUAGUUGGCUCACGAAGCUUCCCUUUCCCAUGGUAUCAGCAAGUGCCACUUUCCCUUGCUCUGAGCCCUCGAAUCAUCAAUGAAGUUAAAAAGUUCAAACCAGACAUCAUCCAUGCAUCAUCUCCUGGUAUUAUGGUUUUUGGAGCGCUUGCAAUUGCAAAAAUGUUGUCUGUUCCAAUAGUGAUGUCCUAUCAUACACACGUGCCUGUAUACAUACCAAGAUACACGUCUAGCUGGUUAGUCAAGCCAAUGUGGUUAGUUAUAAAAUUUCUUCACAGAGCUGCUGAUCUUACAUUGGUCCCAUCGGCUGCUAUUGCAAAGGAUCUUGAACAAUACAAAGUAGCAGAAGCUAACACGAUCCGUCUAUGGAAUAAGGGUGUUGAUUCAGAUAGCUUUCAUCCAAAAUUCAAGUCUCAUGAAAUGCGAAUUAGAUUAUCCAAUGGCGAAACGGAUCGACCAUUGAUUGUACAUGUUGGGCGUAUUGGAGUUGAGAAAAAUCUAGAUUUCCUUAAAAGUGUCAUGGAAAAGAUCCCACAGGCAAGGAUAGCUUUCGUUGGAGAUGGUCCAUACAGGGAGGAUCUUGAAAAGUUAUUCGAAGGGAUGCCAGCUGUCUUCACAGGGAUGUUACAAGGCGAAGAAUUAUCCCAAUCAUACGCCAGCGGGGACAUAUUCCUAAUGCCUUCCGAAUCCGAAACACUGGGGCAGGUUGUCCUGGAAGCCAUGUCAUCAGGGCUGCCCGUAGUGGCUGCCCGAGCUGGAGGUGUGCCCGACAUUAUCCCGCCCGAACAGGAGGGCAAAACCGGGUUCCUCUUCACCCCUGGAGAUCUUGAUGAUUGCUUAAAGAAACUGGUCCCGUUAUUAGAUGACGUGGCGUUACGUGAAAAGAUCGGGCAGGCUGCCCGAGAGGAGAUGGAGAAGUACGAUUGGCGGGCAGCCACACGGGUGUUUUCUACCCGCAGACGACACACCUCAAAAGAUAACUGCAGGGGUUGA